AUGGACUCCGUCAAAGACAAAGUCUACGCCGUAACCGGCCUCGGCGGCAUCGGCCUCGCAGUCGCACGGCAACUACACGCCCAAGGAGCCCACCUAUCUCUAGCAGACCUAAGCCCCCAAGUCCUCGAGACAGCGCUGCAAACCUUGCACGCCGAGCCCAGCCCGGGGAAGAUCACCACAACAGCCCUGGACAUCAGCAAUGCGGCCGCGGUGAAAGCGUGGAUCGCAUCGACAGUCGCGCAUUUCGGCCGGCUAGACGGCGCGGCUAAUAUGGCGGGCACGAUUGGCAAGGUGCACGGCACGGGCAAGUUCAUCGAUCAGGAUGAUGAGGAGUGGGAUAUGUUGAUGCGCGUGAAUCUGACCGGACUGAUGUAUUGUCUGCGGGCGGAAUUGAGGGCCAUCUUGGAGUCUGCACCGGGAGGGCGUGGCAGUAUUGUCAAUGCUAGUAGUAUUCAGGGUCUGAGAGGGUUUGCUUUGCAUGCGGCUUAUUCGACUACGAAGCAUGGGGUUGUUGGGCUGACGAGGUCUGUUGCUAAGGAGGUUGGGCCUGGGAUUCGGGUUAAUGCUGUUGCACCUGGCUCUAUUCAGACGCCCUUGCUUGAUAUCGCCAAGGAGAUCCAGGGUAGUAUUGCGCCGCCGCCGACUGCUAUUCCGCGCAUUGGGACUGCGGAGGAGGUUGCCCAGACGGUUGUUUUCUUGCUCAGUGAUGCGGCCUCUUAUACUACUGGUCAGAUUGUCAGUGUGGAUGGAGGGUGGGAUGUAUGA